AUGGCCUCCGCCAGUGCUCUGCUCCUGCUCUUCUCGGCCGCCUUCUGCCUCCUCGCCCGGCGGGCCGCCGGCGACUACGGGUCGUGGCAGAGCGCCCACGCCACCUUCUAUGGCGGCGGCGACGCGUCCGGCACAAUGGGCGGCGCGUGCGGGUACGGGAACCUGUACAGCACGGGGUACGGCACGAACACGGCGGCGCUGAGCACGGCGCUGUUCAACGACGGCGCGGCGUGCGGGUCGUGCUACGAGCUCAAGUGCCAGGACGUGAGCAGCUCCUGCCUGCCGGGCAGCAUCACCAUCACCGCCACCAACCUCUGCCCGCCCAACUACGCGCUGCCCAACGACGACGGCGGCUGGUGCAACCCGCCGCGCGCCCACUUCGACAUGGCCGAGCCGGCCUACCUCCAGAUCGGCAUCUACCGCGCCGGCAUCGUCGCCGUCGCCUACCGGAGGGUGCCGUGCGUGAAGAAGGGUGGGAUCAGGUUCACCAUCAACGGCCACUCCUACUUCAACCUGCAAGGGGUCCAGCACCGGGUGGCAGGCCAUGGCCCGCAACUGGGGCCAGAACUGGCAGAGCAACGCGGACCUCGACGGCCAGAGCCUCUCCUUCCGGGUCACCCUCAGCGACGGCCGCACCACCUUCAAGCGCCGCAACGGCGGCCGCAACAAGCAAGGACGCGGCCACGUCAAGUUCGUCCGCUGCUCCAACUGCGCCAAGUGCGUCCCCAAGGACAAGGCGAUCAAGAGGUUCAAGGUGAGGAACAUCGUGGAGGCGGCAGGCAUGAGAGAUAUCAAGGACGCCUGCGUCUUUGA